GACCAAUUCCCAACAUCACACCCAAUAACACCAACUCGGUUAACCUGAAAACUUGUUUUUCUUUCUCAAGACCAGUAUACCAUAUUUGGACCAUCAUUUUUUUUAUCCUAAAUCUCGCGAUACUCAAACGAUGACCAUUUCCUCCCACAUAUCGGAAAAUGAUCGACCGCGAAAGUAGCCUAAUGUUAUGGAGAACGCCAGGAUCCACAAACUAUUGUUGGCCGAGUACGAGGAACUGGCCGGCGAAAAGAUUCUCGUGGAGUCACCAUUCGCCGAGACGACGAGAGAUGGUCGAGGUCUUGGCCAAGUCGCCCUUGGACUCACCAGAACGAAGCUUCUGGUCGCCACGGAUGUGUUCAGGAACAACGAAUUGUACCGGUGCCUACCUGGAAUCGAUCCGAGCAUCGAGACCCUCGAGCUAAUAUCGGUGUAUCCUCUCGAAUUCAUCACCCUCAGCGUCUUUCGUAGGAGAAGUGCUUGCCUCGAUUACCCGCAGCGCAGGUUCUGCGACGGCCGGGCCAAAUACUUCGAGCUUGGCGGCCUGGCGAACAGGGCAAAGUACUGGCGUCGUUGGCGUGACCGGGUUCGUCGCCUCCUGGAGCGCAAGUGCCUGGGUAGUUCGUUGUCCGAGACGACGGUCGCGGGAAACUCGACCUGCGCCAGUACCUGCUACCUGGUGUCUUCGGGAUGCGAAUACGACAGUGGCGCCAGUGGACGCUGCGUUAGAAAGAGAACGAGACUGUACGCUGGUGGCGAUCACACCUGUGGUCCCACUUGGACGCAGAAAGACCUAUACCUGGGACCUGGGUACCAGGAACUGAUGAACGGGACUUAUGCACCUCAGCCCGUGAGGUUUGCGGAUGCCAGUUUGAAGGAGAUCAAGGACGAGUUGGCAGAUUGCUCGCCGAAUACGCACAAGAGUUGCCCGGUAUCCAAUUCUAGAACUCGGCAUCUAAAGAGCCAGCAAUCUGGCGAAAUUUGCGAUGUAAUAUACGCUCGUAAAAACGAUCGACGAAGCGUGGACCGGAGACUGUUGGCCGCUGCGAUGAAGGAAAGCUUGGAAGAUCAAAAGAGCGAUCUCCAAGAUAUGUUUCAAUUCAAACCGGAUAAGAACGAUUUGUGCAGAGAUCAGUGUCCCAGUGUGGUACUGGAUAUAGAAGAACCAGGCUCGGAUAUUUUGAGGAACACCUGUGCAAGUCGUAAACCUUCCAAGAUACCCAAGUUCAAUAACAAAAGUAAAGUCAAACCAAAGCCACGAGUGGAAGCUCGAACCGGAAAGAUAGUUCGCAAACUAUCGCGGUUUGGUUUUGGGGUGGAGGAAAAAUGCAACUCUGGCCUCUGUCUGGGACCAUACAAGAAUGAUCCUUCAGCCAGUCCACCUGUCAAUUUUCACGAAUUGGUGGAGACCGGAGUUGUCGUGUGGGAGAACGCGAGAAAAUGCAAAGAUGAAUCUGCCAAGAAACACCUGCGAAGGUACGGCCUAUCGACAGCCACGUACUUCCUCCACGCUUUAGGUCCCUGGUCGGUUCAACCAGGUGACCGUGAGUCCUGUCAAAGUCGACAACGUUCCAACAGCUGCGUCACGAUCCGACGACAACCUGUUGACCCUGAACUUCGACUACCGGUUUCGCGACGUCAGCUGGCAGCUAGCAUUUCCCUAACCGACCUUAGCGGUUGCAGCGGUUUGACAGCAUCGACCAGAGGUCGGGUAGUGCUGUUCUGGACUCCGGACUACUGGUACAGGCCUCGAGCCGCUACCGAUGCCUACAGGGAGAUCAGGAGACAUCUUGGUAGGCUCAGUAAGUUCAGAGCCGAGAGGGAAAAGGGGAAGGUUACCAGAAGAUCAAGUGUCUUUGGCAGAAAAAUAAAGCCAAGAUCCAGAACUAAUGUAAAAUCGUGCAAUCCUGAAUGUCAGAGCACAGACAGUACCACUGACUGCAUCAUAAACCGAAUCUUCUCCAACCAAAACCACGAGCGUCCACAACCUCCUGCCAGCGGAACAUCUCACCUACGCCGUCUGUUACGACUGGACUUCAGGGUAACCCUCUGGGACUUGGACAGUACAACCUUGUCCCACCAACUGACCUUAAUCGAUCGCGAGCUUUUCCUACGAAUACCCUGGAGACGCGAGCUCGCGAUCCUGGCCAAACAACGAGCUUCUAGAGAUGCUCCCAACUUGGGGGCCUGGAUCGCCUUCGCUCACAGGGUCGCCUGUCUGACGGCCAGUGAAAUUCUCGCCGCCAGGAAGGUCGACAUGAGAGCCAGACUAGUAGCCAGGUUGGUCAACGCUGCGGAGAGGUGUUUCCUGCUGGGCAACUUCCACUCGGCCAGGUCGAUCGUCGCGGGACUUCAGUCGCCGGCUGUGUACAGACUGAGAGACACUUGGACACACUUGAAGACUCGACACGCCACGAGGUACGAGACGAUGGAGAAGCUCAGCAAGGUUUUCAGAAGCACGAGGACGAGACGGUACCGUCGAGCAUGGUCCAAAUCCGAAGCGAGUCCUCCAGCUAUGCCCUUUGUCGGUGACGUUCUGGUGAGGCUUCUCGGCCUCUGCGGCAACGCGGACAAGCCUGAAAGGACUGUCACAAAAGCAGCUGUGGAAAAGCAGCGGAGGCCGGCGAUCCGACAGAAGGGAGGACUGAGGAAGUGGAUCCCGAGGAUCAAGUUUCGCUCCCCGCUGAGAGAAGAGGAGGUCAGCUGGACUGACCACGAGCGUCAACUGGCCAAACGCUGCUGCGACCACUGGCGAGAUCGAGUCAAGCGUCGACGUCCCACUAGUCUCGUGGAUGAACUUGCCGACUGGCUGGAGGGUUGUCAGAGACAAACGAAACAGGGCUACGACUUUCCUGGUCACUCGCUUGCCUGGGAAUUUCUGCUGAAGGCUCGGUACCGCGAGGAUAGGGACAACUUCUUCGCGAGUCUUCAACUAGAACCGCCGACCGUUUGCGGUUGAUUAAUAGAUAUAAGCGUGACGCGUUGCACCUCUAACGUAUGCAAGCUAUGAAAUGGUAUAACCACGAAUCGACAGUAACAUAAAUCACAUUUUGCAAAUCACUUUAUAUCAUACACGACGCAGCCCGGUGAGAUUUGUACGAUAUACAUAUAUAAGCAUUUCGUCGCUCUAUGUAAUAUUACCGUAGCUCUUUUUUAUGACAGCUUACUGUUGUUACGCUUUCAAGUGCCAAACUUCUUUUUUUCUAGUAAUAAAUGUUAUUGUAUUGAACCUAUGA